AUGUCAGAACAAGAAAUAACUGCUGAUGAUAGUUCUAAUGCAAAUGUUGAAUCUGAAGUGGAUGAACAAAAAGAAUUGCUUAAAAAAAGAACGGCUAAUGAAUUAUUUGAUAUGGGAAAGUUAGAAUUUAAAGAAAAUAAAAAUUAUGAAGUGGCAGCAGAGCGUUUUUCUAUGGCAGUUGAGAAAAAAAUAAAAGAAUUAAAAAUAGAGGGAAAUAUCCACAUAGAUUUAAGAGAAUUUUAUUUAUGUUUUGCUGAUGCUUUAUUAACUAAAGAAGAAGAAAAAAAUGAUUUAUUUGAAUUUUUAAAAAAAAAAAAAAAAAUUGAAGUACCAGACUUAGAUGACAUAACGGAUAAAGAAGAAGUUACAGAUGAACAAUUGGCAUUUGAGAUGUUUGAGUUUGCAAGAAAAUGUUAUGAGUUAUUAAUAGAAAAAAAUAAAGAAGUACCUAAAAAGGAUAUAUUGAAUUAUACGUAUGUUUUUAUAAGAUUAGGAGAUAUUAAUUUGUUAAAUCAUUUUUUUCCAGAAGCUUUGAAAGAAUAUGAAAAAUGUGUUGAAUUAAGAGAAAAACACAAGGUAGGAGAUGAAAAUUUAAUUGCUCCUUUGAUAUCAUUAUCUCAAAGUUAUAUGUUUUGUGGAAAAAGAAAAGGAGCUGUAGAAUAUUUUGAAAAAGUAAAAAAGAUAUUAUUAGAUGUUAGACAGAAAACAACACCAUUACCAGAAAAUACAAACGAAAAAAUUAUAAGAGAUACUUAUGAUGAUGUUCAAAUUCAAAUAAAUGAUUUAAAAAGACAAAUAGAAGAAGAAGGAGAAGAAGGAAAAGAACUAGGAAGUCAAACCAAAGCAAAGGAAUUAGUUAUUACUACGAAGUCUGAGUUUGAUAAAGCGAUAUUAAAUAAGGAAAAAGAUGAAGUUACAAAAAUAACAAUUUCUAGAAUAAGUGAUGAAGAACAUGCUACAAAAAAAAGAAGAAUAGAUUUAUCUAAAUAUAAAAAUUAA